GGGCUAUUUGUUGGGGGCGGAGCUUCUGAGGGCUCAACCGGAGUCGUAGGUGCCCGGCGUAACCGCUUAGCAGCUGUGCCACCGCGCUAAAGAGCGUAACCGUGGCCAUGAAGGAAGAAAAAGAUCAUAGGCCUAAAGAGAAACGAGUGACCCUGUUAACGCCUCAGGGCGCCACAGGCGGCUGUAUUGCAGUUACUGCUGAAGGCGCCAAAGGGGACGAUAGGCAAGAUCGCAACAGGGACAAGAAAGAAGCUUUGAGCAAGGUGGUAAUUCGAAGAUUACCUCCCACUUUGACCAAGGAACAGCUUCAGGAACAUCUUCAACCUAUGCCUGAGCAUGAUUAUUUUGAGUUUUUUUCUAACGAUACCAGUCUCUAUCCUCAUAUGUAUGCCAGAGCAUAUAUCAACUUUAAAAACCAAGAAGACAUUCUUUUAUUCAGGGACCGCUUUGACGGCUAUGUAUUCCUUGACAAUAAAGGUCAGGAAUAUCAUGCUAUAGUAGAAUUUGCACCAUUUCAAAAAGCUGCAAAAAAGAAGAUUAAGAAAAGAGAUUCAAAAGUUGGGACUAUCGAGGAUGGACAGAGGUAUCUAGGAAUGAACUCCAGGAAUCACCAUACUCUCCAAAGAGAAACUUGUCCUCCAGUUUCUCUUUUUUGGAACACCUAUGUUGACUUUUCCUACAAUCCAGAAUACAGAAAAUUUUUGGAGAGUUAUGCCACAGACAAUGAGAAAAUGACAUCUACUCCAGAGACAUUGCUGGAGGAAAUUGAAGCCAAAAAUCGAGAAUUACUAGCUAAGAGGACAACCCCACUUCUGUGCUUCCUGAAGAACAAGCAGAGAAUGAGAGAAGAAAAAAGAGAAGAAAGGAGGAGACGGGAAAUAGAGCGGAAAAGACUAAGAGAAGAAGAGAGAAGAAAAUGGAAAGAAGAAGAGAAACGAAAAAGGAAAGAUAUAGAAAAACUGAAGAAGAUAGAAAGAAUUCCGGAAAGGGAGAAAGUAAGGGAAGAACCAAAGAUUAAGGUACACAGGUUUCUGUUACAAGCUGUGAAUCAGAAAAAUCUGCUCAGGAAACCAGAAAAAGGAGAUGAAAAAGAACUUGAUAAAAGAGACAAAACCAAGAGACUGGACAAAGAAAAUCUGACUGAAGAAAGAGCCAGUGGGCACAGUUACGCUCUGACCAGGCGUUCUGAUGUCGAGCUGAAGGAUGAAAAGCCGAAGAGGCCUGAUGACGAGGGUGUCAGUGUCAGAGAUUACAGAGAGAGGGACCGGGACUAUGAAAGAGAUCAGGAGCGCAUGAUGCGAGAAAGAGAGAGGCUGAAGCGCCAAGAGGAAGAGCGCCGGAGGCUGCAGCAGAAGGAGCGCUAUGAGAAAGAGAAGGCUUUUAAGCGGAAGGAAGAAGAAAUGAAGAGAGAGAAAGAGGCACUUCGAGAUAAAGGAAAGAAGAGUGAGAAUACAGAAUCAAUAUGCUCGUUAGAAAAAAUUGAAAAAAAAGAGGAAGUGGUUAAGAGAGACCGCAUAAGGAACAAGGAUCGCCCAGCAAUGCAGCUCUACCAACCAGGGGCGCGAAGCCGAAGUCGACUCUGUCCCGCCGAUGACAGCAUCAAGCCUGGAGAUUCCCCUGUGGACAAAAAGCAGGAAAGUGGUAUUAGCCAUAGAAAAGAAGGAGGAGAAGAGUGAGAAGUCCAAAUGGCCAUAGGUGUCCUGACUGUCCAGGCAGCCAAAGAGCACGUAUUAUGCUAUCCAGAAGUGCCUUCAGGGCAAAGGAACAGAGCACAAGAAAAGGGGUCGCUGUGCUGGUGGGAUGUACUACAGAGGAGUGUGUCUAAGCAGAAUAAGAUUGCAGGCUCAGAAUCGAAGGACAAUUUCAUUGUUUUCUGCAGUUUCCACAAGUUAAUUUUAAUGUCUCAGAAAAAGAUGGUAGCAAGGACAUUGCAAGUGAAAAAUGUCAAAUAAGGGUUUAACUUUGUCUGACAGCUAAAAAGAGCAGAUUCGAGAAUCAACAGGUGUUCUUAAUCCUGGCUUGGAGCUGAGUGGGACGGAAGCACACCAAGUCUUGCUGGGAUCUGACUACUUUGCAUUGGUGUUGACUGUUGACUCUGUAGUGUAGAAGCAAAGAGCAUGUAACUAGCGCGAGUAGAGCAGAGCAUAGAGCAAACUGUGGCUGAUGGAAAAGAUUUCAAUAGUCACGUUCCAUCUAUAUCCUGUGUCUGAACUUUUCAUAAUUACAGCUUGUUUUACUUCUGUGAAUGUAGCAUCCAAAAAUACUUGUAAACAUCUCGUUUUUUGCCUUUAGCAUUUUUUCCUAUUUCUAGGUAAAAUGUAGUCCUUGGUUAGUUACUGACGAUCUAGUCUCUGUUUCAUCUUAGGUCUGAUGAUUUGAGUGCAUACCUCUCCAGGAAGGAAACGACACCAAUAUCUGUUCCUGUUAUGGCAGCUUUCAGUCUUAGCUUGUUUUGUAAUGCUGUCAAUAAAUUUCCAUUUCAUUCAA